AUGAAGGCAAUGCAGAAUAUCAAGGAGAAAGUUACUUUACUUGAUCAACGCAUAACUUGGAUUAAGGAAUAUCAGGAAAAAUCUUCUAAGGUAGGUGAUCCCAUGGACAUCAGCUCAGCUCCUCGCAGCGAAGCUAAUAGCUCUGAUGCUAAAACUGAGGAAGAGGAAGAAGGAUUUGAGGACAAAGGAGGACAGGAAGAAGAAGAAGGAGCUGAGGAAGAAGGAGGACAGGAAGAGGAAGAAAGAACUGAGGAAGAAGGAGGACAAGAAGAAGAGGAAGACCAUUAG